GCUGUUUUAAGAUCAAAAUGUGUUACAACUUCUGAAGUCACAGUGCAUCUUUGACAAGCCUAUACUACCCCUGUAAGACUAUACUUGGAUGUAGUUAGCUGAAUAGGCAACAGGAUUAGUCAAAUGUUAGUAGGUUCAUUUUCAUGCAGUGUCUAUUAGCUGGAACUAUCCUGUGUUAUACUUUGGGUGCUUAAAUCCAGUCCGCCCACAAUGGUCGCCGCCCAACUCCAUCGUAAAUCUUUGAGUUUAAUUGGCUAGGGGCCUGUCAAAUCAUUGCAGAUGGCAGGCAACUCAAUUCAAUUAAUGUGAGAACUGCGUACCUAGGUAGCUUGUCUGAUUAAUCAGGCUGUAUACACAAUGAAUUGGUAUAUACAGCCUUGAAGUAAUGCCUGCAAAUCAUGUACAUUUUCCUUACAAGACAGAAUGUUUAAUUAAAUUACAUUUAAACUUACUAUACUGGUUGUCUGUGCAGUUUGUCUUCAACUGCUCUAUGGAACCAAGAAUGCCAUAAAUUGUUCUGAAUCAGGGUAGAGUACAGAGAACAAUCCACACUUUUGGGAAUUGCAGAUUUUUGUGUAGAUAUAAAUCAGAAUAUUUGUUUUUGAAAUUCACACACAAAAAAAGUGUUGAUUGUUCUCCACCCUCCCGAUUUAGAUAAUAGCCUACCAUUUGCGUUGUCAUGGCACGCUUGGUUCAAUAGUUAGGCAUAUUGACAAGAUUAAAAACUGAACAUCCAGUAUAAAACUAAUUUUACCUCGGUGCUUAACAUAACCAUAUAACGUUACCUAACUACUCUCUAAAAAGUCGGGUAAACAAUACAUUCCUAUGGAUAGUUUGUCCCGAUAGAGUACCGGACCUGAGCCAUAGGACCAUGCCUCAGGACUACCUGGCCUGAUGACUCCUUGAUGUCCCCAGUCCACCUGGUUGUGCUGCUGCUCCAGUUUCAACUGUUCUGCCUACGGCUAUAGAACCCUGACCUGUUCACCAGACGUGCUACCUUGUCCCGGACCUGCUGUUUCGACUCUCUCUCUCUACCGCACCUGCUGUCUCGAACUCUGAAUGCUUGACUAUGAAAAGCCAACUGACAUUUAGGUGCUGACCUGUUGCACCCUCUACAACCACUGUGAUUAUUAUUAUUUGACCCUGCUGGUCAUCUAUGAACGUUUUAACAUCAUGGCCAUGUACUGUUAUAAUCUCCACCCGGCACAGCCAGAAGAGGACUGGCCACCCCUCAGAGACUGGGUCCUCUCUAGGUUUCUUCCUAGGUCCCUGCCUUUCUAGGGAGUUUUUCUUAGCCAUCGUGCUUCUGCAUUGCUUGCUGUUUGGGGUUUUACGCUGGGUUUCUGUCUAGCACUUUGUGAAAUCAGCUGAUGUAAAAAGGGCUUUAUAAAUACAUUUGAUUUGAUUUAGGGUUAAGUGCUUUGCUCAAGGGCACAUUGGCAGAUUGUUUACCUAGUCGGCUCAGGGAUUCGAACCAGCAACAUUUUGGUUACUGGCCCAACGCUCUUAACCGCUAGACAGCUAGGAUACUACUCACCUUUGACCCAUCCUCCUCUACUCUCUUCACUGCCUCAGCAUACGACACCUUCUGUUCUACUCUGACCUCAACCUAUCUCUCCCGCACCAGGCAUUUCUGAUCCCCAGCAACAUGGGUACCCCCACAAUUGAUACACACAGUUUUUUCCACCAAUACUAUACAUUCCUUUGUCCCAUGCCCUACUGCACACUUCUCACAUCUCGGGAAUCUCCCUCCUACACACUGCUGCAACAUAACCAUAAGCUUCGCAUCUAUAACACCUUUGUGGGUUUGGCACAAAAACUCUCACGGGAUAACUGACAUAUCCUAACAUGACUUUGCCAGGUAAAGACUCUGCUUCAAAACUCAAAAGGACAGUGUCUUCUCAGUUUCACCAAGAACGCCACCAGGUCUGCAUCGCAACAAACAGCGAGCAUCACAGACACAGGGAAUCUUCCAUUUCAGUUGCUCCACUUCAACACUUAACGCCACCAAAGUAAUCACUCCUUUCAAACGCUCAAAGGCGCCCUGCUCUGGAGAGCAAAGCAAGUCACAGGUCUUGUCCUGAGGCAUGUGAUGUUAAGCACCCGCUCCCUCUGGGCAGAAGAAACACAGAAAAUCAAGUCCACUUCGAGCCACCUUCACCGAUUUAACAGUGUCCAAUUUCUUUUCUACCCAGCCUGAGACUACAUAUUGGUCAGCCAAAUGUCACUCCCACUGGGCCAGAAUCAUCCUUUGCAUGACCAUCUGGUCGAGGCUCGGUCUUCACCACAUCUGCCACCGCAGGUAAUUCAUCCUCAAUCUCAUCAGGUUAUAUUUCUAAGCCAUCAGAGACAGCACAGUGGGGUUUGUAGUACUUGGCCCAAAUCUACCUCAACACACAUCUUCCCUCUGCAGUUUUUCUUUUUCCUCACUGUCUAUAACCACAUCUAUCUGUUCAUCACGCUCAUGCCACACUUUCAUCCGCCCUAUUGUUUGCAGAACAUGCACAGAUGGCCUUUCAACAAUACCCAAAUUCUGUUCCUUAGCCCAAUUUAGUAGUCUGGCUAUCUCUUGCCUCUCUAUGCUCACAAAACGUUCCACAGUCAUCAGCCAAGUCUCCUCUUUGUCAUCCCCAGAACCCUCACUGGGAGUCGCCACGUUCCCAGCUAAAAAUCACUGAUGACGUUUCAAAAUGGUCAUCUCUAGUUACCACAUGCAGUUACGUCAUAUGUGUUUUGCCACUUCUAUACCAGGGGUCCUAACCUUCUCUGCUGCGAAGUGCUGCAAAAAUGUUGACAACAGACCAGAGACCGCCCCCUUUCACUGUGGUCACCCAACCAUCUGUGAAUGGUGGGUCAGGGAAAUUGCCAUGUCAUAUCCAUUCAACAAGCUCAAACAUUAUGGAUAAUAUAAGAAUCUUUGUCGAUAUCAAAUAUACUUUCUGUGAACAGUGAAUGGUCUUCAAAAAUCCAGUGAGAUUGUAAACUUGUCCUGCCAGUGCAAACUAUUUGAAAUGGCAAUUUUUUAAAUGUCCAGAGAAAAAAUACUUGAUGCACAGUUUAUGGGACUUGGUCUUCAAUAAUCAAAUUGUGAACUAUUUGAAAUGUACAUUUUAUUCAGCAGCAAUCCAUCUGGGCAAAUAAUUAUAUUUUGAUUGCAUAAAAAGAUAAAUAUCAGUUUUUAAUGGUAAAGAAUGAAAAUAAUAAAACCAGAAAUAACAAGUGAUUAACAAAUAAUAACACCGUUUUUUUUUGUCUUUAAUACAUCAGGAAAUAUUAACUUUUUUUAUAAGUAGUAAAGUGUAAAGGUAUUUCUUCAAGAAAAUGUGUGCACUGGCUUCAGCUAUAGUAUGUAGUUUAGUAUGAGGAAUAGUACUAUUCAGCAGGCCCACUAAUUAUUACCAUGUUGUUACUUCUUUAUUUCCUGCUGUAAGGUCAGGUGCUACCAACCUUUCUUUCCAGGACGUUACAGGCGUUAUUAAUCUAAAUUGAAUGCAGCUAUGGAACUCCACAUUUAGUUCCAAGACUGAAGUUGGAAUUCUGUUGGAAACGAGGCACAUCAUUCAAUUUUGGAGGCGGUGUCUCUGAGCAGACUCCUCGCAUUGUGGCUCCAGAUACAGACGGCGAAAUGUAGACAUCUCGAUAUCAAGUUUAUGUCUUUCAGGAUAUUUAGUCAACACGUAUUUCAGUCAUUUAACGUGGCCAAGUAUGAAGACUUGCGUUGUCGGCAAGAUGAACAUUUUACCUGAGACAACUUUGUGGACAUUCGUGUUGCAGCUUUCUUGUGUGCUGCUCACGUUGAAGGCAACCGUUACCGUUGGCUCACCUGUGCUGCUAAAUGUCCCGCCACCACCUGAGACUAGUGCUGAGAAUUUUCUGGAGAAGUAUGGAUACCUUGAGGAGGAGAAUCACCAACACAAUGAUACUGAGGUCAACACAGCUCUCAGGGAGUUCCAGUGGCUUACCCACCUGCCAGUCACUGGGCGUCUGGACAGUGCCACACGGCACCAGAUGGCAGAGCCCAGGUGUGGGGUGAGGGAUGACAGGGGCCAGCAGGCCUGGGCACAGAAGGUCAACGACAUCUUCCAUGGAAGUCUGACCAAACCUAACAUUGGACAGCGUCUACGCAGGAAGCGCCGUAGCCAGCUAGGUGAGAGGUGGCACAAGCGUCAUCUGACCUACCAGGUGGUGAACUGGCCUGGUCACCUCCCUCGGGGUCAGGUGGCCCUAGCCGUACGCACCGCUUUCCAGCUGUGGAGUAACGUUUCGGCCCUGGCCUUCAGAGAGGUCACCCAGGGGUCAGCUGACAUCCGGCUGGCCUUCUACGAGGGGGAGCACAACGACGGCAUGGGCAACGCCUUUGAUGGUCCAGGAGGCGCCCUAGCACAUGCCUUCUUCCCAUGCCGAGGGGAGGCCCACUUUGACAUGGCAGAGCGCUGGACACUGAACGGCUACAAGGGCCACAACCUGUUCAUGGUGAUUGCCCACGAGGUGGGCCACACGCUGGGCUUGGAGCACUCUCCUGUGCGCCACGCUCUCAUGUCCCCCUACUACAAGAAGCUGGGGAAAGCCACGGUGCUGAGCUGGGAUGACAUCACUGCUGUACAGCAGCUCUAUGGGAAGCCAGAGAGCGGUCAGGUAAUCCAGUUGCCUGGUCAGGUGUUCAGCUCUGCUCUACGGGACUGGGAGCUGUCUGAAGGUGGUACUUGGAAGCCUGAUUCCACCCCACCUCCAUACUGCAAGGGAUUCUUUGAUGCACUCACCAUGGACCAAGAUGGUACCAGCCUAGUAUUCCGUGGGGGGCUGUUCUGGACUGUGUCUCCUGCAGGCAAGACCAGCUCCCCUCUACCUCUGCAGAACCGCUGGCCAGGAUUACCCCUCGCCAUUGAGGCAGCUGCUUACUCUCAGAUGGACAAUAAGUUCUACUUUUUCAAAGGUAGGCGAGUGUGGCGUUACUCCAGCAGUGGUGUGGACCCGGGCUUCCCCCUGAGGAGCAGCGAGCUGGGCCUCCCUGGACACCCUGACCAGGCCUUCUACUACCCCCGCCUGGGCCACCUGGUGGUGUUCAAAGGCCAGCUCUACUUUGUGCUCAACCUGGGGACCCUGAGGCCCGAGCCAUACUACCCCCGCAGUCUGGACGACUGGAGGGGGGUCCCCCGGGGGACCAACGGAGCAGUCAGCCACCCUGAUGGACAAGUGUACUUCUUCAAGGAGCGGCACUACUGGAGAUUUGAUCCAGAGAAAGUGCAGGUGACUGGAGAGGGGACGUGGGACACAGGGCUGGAGUGGACAGGCUGUUUGGGAACUCACCACAGAGGCAAUAAUAUACUGUGACCACAAGAGGGUGCUAACUAACUGAUUAAAGUGGUUGGCGAAGGAAAUGUACAAUGGAUAUAUUCAGACUAAGCAAUGACAGAGCUCAUAUUUUUUAUGUUCAUACAGUAUUAUUAAAUAAGUAUUCCUAAUCCUACUUCAUCCAGUGAACCAAUGCUUUUGUUUGUAAUGUGUUUGUUUUGUUGUAGACAGUAUUAAGAUAUUCUGUAUGGCAUAGCCAAUCUGUGAGUUAUAAAUUACAUGUGGCUUUGUUGCACAAAUAAAUUAUGUUUGUAUGUUUUCUCUCAGACAAGUUGUUGUUGUUGGAGAUGAAGUCUCUGGACUCUUUAGUAGACUAUUGCAUUCAUAAAGACCUUUUGUAUAAUUAUUUCAUAAAAUACCACAUAUGGCACUGUU